AGAUCAAAAAAAUGUCUUCGACAAAAACAAACAUGGCGUAGUUUUGUGUUGGCUGUUGCAUUCGUUAUUUAUUUUGCAUACAUUUGCAAUUACAAAUUAACCGGGGCUCUACAUUUCGUAAUAACCAGUGAAUGUUACAAAAGUCGUUUCAUGUGCGCAUAAUGCUUGUUACAAUUAAGGAACGCACCUAAAUCUCGAACGAGUUGAAAAAGAUUGCACCAACAGUCACUAUCCGAAUGACAUAUCAGGAUGUCUACAGAACGAGAGGACGGCCCAGUCUAUUACCGGGAGAUACAGAAGAAUACAUAUUUAAAAAGAAUACCAAAUGAAUUGCCGAGCAGUAAAUUAAUAGCAUUGGGUCACAAGAAACCCCCACUAAAAUCAAUGUGGACACAACUAUGCAUACACAAUGGUCGUACUCCAUAUUUAGAGCAGUACCCGGAAGCUGAUCAUCCUACAGCGCUUACACACCGACCAACUUGGCGAGCCAGUCUAUUGACAGCCCGACAUGUAACUGGCAGCGUUCGACCGAGACAGGGGAAUGAAUAUGAUUUUCUUGUGGACACAGAAAAAGGUCCAGUCAGAAUGCUUGCCCCAGAUUGGGAAACAAUGCAAGACUGGGUCACGACACUUCGUAAUAAACUGUCAGAACUGAAGAUUAUGAGCAAAGGGGAGAAUGUGUACUGUGCUCCGCCUGUGACGCCACAACCUCGGGCCCCGAACCGAGAUCCAACAUCACCAUUGCCACCCACACCGCCAGUUCCUCCUGACAGGGUACCAGGUAUCGAAAUUAUACCAACAGUACACACAGCUCCUGUAAGCACUGAAACACCUGCUCAACCUGAACAAGUCACCCAACUCAGUGAGCCCAGCCAACCAGAACCUCAAAACCCAGAACCGUUUGCAAUGCCCAGCACAAGCCAGCGUAGUGAAGGUAUUGCCAAGAUUUGUGGCCAAAAUAUAUGUCUGGAUGGGUCAUUGUUGGAAAGAAUCGGAUCGGGCUCGGGUGGUGACUUUGAUGAAGAGUUGGGCGAAACUGAAGAAUAUAGACAGACAGUAUUAGUUCCCGAAGACUCUGCUGAUGUGGAUCAACCACGAAUAGACUGUCCGUCCAAUAUAACAGUUAUACAAGUGUCAAACAGAGAAGCACCUCAUACAGCUAUACCCAUAGUGUCAACUGAAGAUGUUUUCGACUUUGAUGUGAACCGAAAAACUCCAAACUUCGUCAAUAUUGUUAAUACAGAGGUCAAUGUACAGAAUACGAACGAUUACGGCACGGUUUUCAACGACUACGGUCACGUGAGCACGAUGACAUCUGUCAGUCUGACAGCUGUCAAUCAGAAUGAUGCCUACGAGAGGCUGUGUAACGCGUCGACGUCGAAGGUGGAAGUUUUGAAGAGUCUAGACAAAAACAGGAAGUCCUCCUUACCUAAUCUAGUCAAAGAAUCAGAUUAUGAGUUUCUGUUUCCCAGCAGCGCUUCCGAGAGUAACACUGUGAAUGUAGUCAGUACUAACGGCGUCAAUACCAGAGCUAGAAGUUCCAGAGACAAUAAUAAUGUUCAAAUGAGAGUUAAUUCUAUUGACGAGGAGAUAAAUAUUGAGAAUUCAAGUUCAACAAGUGUAACGACCACUACCCAUUCUAUUAGUACUACCCAAGUGACUGCAACAGUAAGCAUUGCCCAAAUUACAUCUACACCUUCUGUUAGUCAUGCUCAAGUUAAUAGAACAGUGAAUAAUAUAAGUGCAGCACAUGUGUCUCCUGAACCCAUUAGUCUAACGAGUAGUGAAGUGAAUAGAAACGUUUUGGAUGCUCAUAUAGUCAGGAGUCACAGUCAGAAUGCAUAUGAGAAUUCACCUAGAAGAGUCGUGGUGAGAAGGGUGCAGGCAACUAGUCCUAAAAGAGAUGCACAGACUGAUAAAUCAGAUCAAAUCCAACCUAAACCCAUUUGGAAGAGGGGUCUUACAGAGUUCUCGCUGCUCACUCGGUUGAGGGCUUUUGGUCAGAGCAGACGGCAGGAGAGCCCGACUAGGAAUGAAAAUGGAAAUGAUAGGAAUCCAUUGACGUCUCCUGUCAAAGUUGUACGUCGUUCGAGACCGGAAGCCAGGGAAGGUGUGAGGAGAAGAAGCAAUUCACUAAGCAACGAAACCGUCAACUCUGCUGAACCCCGGCCCGGUACACUAAUAGGAGCCCCGCUGUCUGUACGAGACGGACCAGUUUUUGCUGAUUACAGCGGACACGUGUGGAUAUGCAGAUGGGGUGGUCCUUCGCCUGGCGUGGGUCGAUGUGGGGACAAGCUGGUGUCUGUGGGAAGGGUUUCACCCUCGGAUGCCCAUCAUGCUGUACGGCUUCUAGCUCACGCCGCGCCGAGGCAUAUCAACGUUCUCUUUCACAGGACGCCACUAGCGAAGAUAUACAAGAUUGUAAAGAGAGAUAAGGAGUUUAUUGGAAUAAAACUGGAUACUGAAUGCAACGUAACGAGUGUCGAACCUUCGUCGCCGGCGUCACGGGCCGGCUUACCGUUGGAGGGGCGGUGGGCGGUCACGCACGUCAACAGUCGACAGAUCAACUUGAUUAAAGGAGGUGAAGAGGAAAUGAACAGGCUAAGCUAUCAUAACACCGAAUUGACAGUGACAAUACAACCGUCAGGUUUAGUUAAGAAAAUCAGAUCGACCCUGAAAACGACGAAAAACGCCGUAGGUCUAAGGUAACAUCGACCCCUGUUGUAACAUUAGGUACAGUCGGCUACAGAAGUGCACUAUUCCAUUCGGUACAGUCAGCUACAGAAGUGCACUAUUUCAUUCAGAUGAAUCAGAGACUUGAGAAAAACACAAUGCGGUUUUUAUAAAAGCGAUUUUUGCAAUAGACCAAUAAAUAUAGAUCCGUUUUUUGUUCUUUUACGGUUAAGAAAUACAUAAUAAUGUCAAAUUUGUAUAUUAUUAUACAGCGGGUAGAUUGUCACUUAGCAUACGGGGAACAAUGAUUUACCAAUCCAAUGUAAAUAUCGGUUUUGUAACUAGCCCGCAAUGUACGCAUGUGAUUCUAAGAGAUCAACAACCCCACUAAUUCUGUGGCAGCUUAAUGUAAUAUACAUUUGUGAUUAUUUGUAACAAUGGCAGCUAUAUUUAAUUAUGUAUGUGUAAGAUGAUUCAAUUUUAUUUCUUUAAGUCGAAGUUCGAGGUCAACGCCCUGUGCCCUCUUCGGGCUAACUUUGCAUUCGAUUGCGGUUUCAAUUAUAUACUGAACUAAUAUUUUUUUCCAUUGAUGCUUAAAUUAGUUGAAACAUCCCGUUUUGUAUAUUUAAUGUAUGCUUUUGCAUGCGUUAAUAUUUGAUAAUAUAUGCGUUCGCAUAAUUGACAUAGUUUUCGAUGCGUGUGUGAUAAAAAAAUUAACUAGUUUUUUAUUCAUAAAUAUUUUUUAGGAAACUAUGGACUGAUAACUGUAAACACACGGAGUGAUAUUUCGGAUACGAUUAUUUAACAGUAUUUAUUAGAAAGUAAAAAAAAAUGCUUACAUUUUCUUUCUCGGUGUCCGAGAAACUCCCGUGUGUGAUCCAGCCAUAAGUUAAUACAAUAUGUUUAAUAUAAGCCAAUAUAAUUCGUCCCUUUCUCGCAUAUCAGCAAUCAAACAUGUGUGAUAAAUAUAGAUAUAUAUUUUUAGCACAUAAACGAAUCGAAUGGGUAGUCUUUGAUAAACUUAAAAACUAUUGUGAUUUUACUAUACAUAUUAAAAGAGUUUUUACUAAUUAUAUUUAAUUUAUGUUGACGUUUUUUUUUUUAUUAUAUUCGAAUAUUUUAAAUUUUUAUUACAUUACGCUGGUCGAAGCUUGGCUGUGUCUCUGACAUUGCUGACCUCAACAAGCGACGCUAAAGGUAAUCACACGACGUUACUCCUUCAACCUAGAAGUUUUUUUUUUAUGAAGGAAGGAUACCUGGUGGCCCAAAGGUCUUUCUGGUUUCACCAGGGCAGGUGGGCGAGCAAAGGCUCAGCCAGGAGGGGUGGGAUUUGCUAACGGCCGCCCGAGAGCCUCCGAAGGAGACCUAAUAGGUCAAAGGCAGCUGCUUCGCUAAUGCAUCUAUCAUAAAAGUCAUUCGUGACCAUGUGUUUAAUACUCAUUUACUUGAACUAAUUGAUCGCUGUUUCCAAACCUGGACAUCGGCAUAGCUGCGACGGCAUACUAAAGGAUUUUGAACUAAUUGAUCGCUGUUUCCAAACCUGGACAUCGGCAUAGCUGCGAUGCGACAGCAUACUAAGGGAUUUUGUUUAUGUACAAGUUAACCCAAACGCCAAAUGCCAAUAUAAACAAAGUAACUGACUGACAUUAUCAGCUAUUACCAGUAAUAAAAGUAAAAGAGGGACCCAAUUAUUACCGUACGCCCCAGAGUAAUGUAAUAAUAAUGUUGAAUCUCUGUAACUAAUAAAUGACUAUUUUCAUUUAGUCGUGUAAUAAUGCGCUUAAGUACACGUGCACUAAACCAGUGACCAUUUAAAAUUGUUCUCAUAAUAUUUACAAUUUUUUUUUUUUUGAAAAUAUAGAACUAGUUGUUUGAUUUGUAAUUAAAAACUAUUAAUAUUAAUGAAACAUCACCAAUUUAUAUAGUUUGUUUUUGGGAAGAAAGACAAGUGAUUUGGUGACGGUGAGAGAGGCGUUUUUUUCCUUUUUUUUCUCGUGUAAAACAUAUUGUAUGCACGGGAAUUACAAUUUAGGCAUAAAAUUAUUUCAGUUUAUGUACAUAUUAUAUUCGGAGCCUUGUGAUCAAUUCUAAUCAAAUAUACACUCGUUCUUUCUGUAUUUUUUUUGUAUAAAUAAAAUUUUAAUAUUGAAAUAUACGUAAUAAAUUAUGGAAUUUU